GGUGGAAGGAGAGCAGUUCCUGUGUGUCAUCAGGAAGGAAGCAGGGGAGGUUGAUUGGAUGGCCCCUAACUGUUGUGUAUGAAGAGACCGUGACCAGUCAGUCCCUGUCCACCCUCCUCGGACUGCUCGUGAUUUCCUCGCGUUUCCCUUCCUCGCUCCAGGUGAGUCAGAGUAAGGCACACGCGCUCUUCCUGCUGGGAGUGACUCAGGUGGAGGAGCUGAUAAAACCACCGGAAUAAAGAAAGCAAAGCGGACGGCGGCCAGCCAGUCGCGAGCCCCCCUGCAGGCCUCUCGCACCCCGGACCUGGAGCUUCGUGCCUUUUGAGCACCUGCACGGGCAGGUCCCGGGGCCCUGCAAAUGGCUCCGUGCUGGUUUAUGACUCUGAGCUGCCUCAGUGUGUCUCUUCUCCUGCCUGCAGCCCUGAGCACCAACAGGAGAGAAGGGCUGUCACCGUCCGUCCUCCCAGUCUGCGACUGCAACGGGAUGUCCCGACAGUGCGUCUUUGACUGGCACCUUCUGAGAGAAACGGGCAACGGGUACCGCUGCCUCAACUGCUUGGGCAACACGGAGGGCGCCCGCUGCGAGAGGUGCAAGGAGGGGUACUUCCGCCAGCGGGAGGAGGACUGCUGCCUGCCUUGCCUCUGCCACCCCCAAGGUGCCCUGAGCCCGCAGUGCGAUAACGACGGCCGGUGCAGCUGCCAACCCGGGGUGAUGGGCGAGAAGUGUGACCAGUGCCAGCCGGGCUUCCACUCCCUCUCCGAGGCCGGGUGCCAGAGAAACGGGCAGAGUCCGCAAUGCGAGUGUGACCCAGCCGGGAGCACCGGGGAUUGCAUCUCAGGUCGCUGUGUCUGCAAGGCAAGCGUAACUGGAGAGCGAUGUGACAGGUGCAGGCAAAACUUCUAUAACUUGGAUGCGAGAAAUCCUGCGGGAUGUUCCCCGUGCUUUUGCUACGGGCACUCAGCUGCGUGUGUCAGUUCUGAGAAUUACAGCGUCUAUAAAAUCACCUCCACCUUCCAGCAAGGUGCUGAAGGCUGGAGAGGUGUCCAUGAAGGUGGGUCACCAGCCCAGCUCCAGUGGUCUCCACGCCAUCAGGACGUGUUUAUCGCAGCAAGGACAUCAGAACCUAUAUAUUUCAUGGCACCUGCAAGAUUUCUGGGGAACCAGCAGCUGAGCUAUGGCCAGACGCUCUCCUUUGAUUAUCGUCUGGAUCGAGGGGGACGUCAACCUUCUCCACAUGAUGUGAUCUUGGAAGGAGCUGGCCUGAGAGUCACUGCCCCCUUCUUGCCUCAUGGGAAGAUCCUGCCCUGUGGCGUCAGCGAGACAUAUGCGUUCAGGUUGGAUGAGCACCCAAGCAGCAAGUGGAGCCCAAGGCUAAAUUUCUUCGAAUAUCGCAGGGCUGCGGGUAACCUGCUGUGUCUCCCUUCAGGCACAGGCUACAUCGAUAAUGUGACCUUGGUGUCAGCGCAACCUGCACCUGGAGUCCCCGCUCCCUGGGUGGAGCACUGCGACUGUCCUGCAGGGUACCAGGGGCAGUUCUGCGAGCGAUGUGCUCCUGGGUACAAGAGAGAAGCUUCCAACCUGGGGCCUUUUGGCAUCUGUGUGCUGUGCAACUGCCAGGGGGGAGGAAUUUGUGAUCCAGAUACUGGUGAAUGUUACUCUGGAGAUGAAAAUGUGGGCAAUAGUAUCAGCUGCCCAUUUGGCUCCUACAGAGACCCGCGGUAUCCUCACACCUGUAGGCCAUGCCCAUGCGAAAAUGGCCAAAGCUGCUCUGUGACACCGGGCGGAGAAGUUGUCUGUGAUCACUGCCCUCCUGGAGCCACUGGUGCCAACUGUGAGUACUGUGCCGAUGGCUAUUUUGGAGACCCCUCAGCUUCCAGGCCGUGCCAGCCUUGCCAGUGUAACGAUAACAUUGAGCCCAAUGCUGUGGGGAACUGUAACCGCCAGACCGGCGAAUGCCUGAAAUGCAUCUACAACACGGCUGGCUUCUACUGUGACCGCUGCAAAGAGGGCUUCUUUGGGAACCCCUUGGCCCCCAACCCCGCAGACAAGUGCAGAGCCUGCAACUGCAACUCAGUUGGUGCCGAGCCCCUGAAGUGCCGAAGUGAUGGGAGCUGCGUUUGCAAGCCUGGCUUCGAGGGCCCCAACUGCGAGCACAAUGAGUGCCCGGCCUGCUACAGCCAGGUGAAAGCACAGGUGGACCUGUACUUGCAGCAGCUGCAGGAGCUAGAGCUGCUUUUCUCAGAGGUGCAGGCUGGCAGCGGGGUCGGGAGCGAGGACCUGGAGGGGAAGAUGCAGCUGGCUGAGGAAACGCUGCGAGCCAUCCUCAGAGAAGCCUUGAGCCUACAAGCCUCUGACAAAUCUCUGGAAAGUCGUGUAUCCAGAAUGAAGGGGCAAGAGUCCAGUUACCAGAGCCGCUUGGAUGACAUCAGGGCAACGGUGGAGAGACUGAGGUUUCUUGGGAGCCGGUAUGAGAAGCAGGUGCAGGACAUUCAGCGGCUGCUGGAGAGAGCAAGGGUGGACCUGGACCGAAGUGGAGCCACUCUGAGUAGAGUUACUAUUCCAAUUUCAGAAUUCCCUGGAGGCUCAAAUAAGUUCCUGAUCCUGGCGCAGGAGGCUCUGAGAUUAGCCAACAGCCACAUGGAAGCAGCCAACACGAUUGAGCAAGCAGCAAAGGCAGCACAGGAUGACUCGCAGCAGGCGCUGGAGCUGGUGCGCUCAGCUGUGAGUGGAGGGGCAGUCGUGUCAAGCUCCUUGCAAGGGCUGCUCAGGAAAUACGAAGAGGUGAAAUCAUUGGCAGGAGACCUGGAGGCUGAAGCUGAUAGAACAGCCUCUGAGGCAGACAAGGCUUAUCAGGGCAGCCUGAUGCUCCUCAACUCCCUGUCCCGCUUGAUGAAGACUGACACUGGGUCCUUUGAGGGGGAGGCAACCCGUCUGAAGCAAGAAGCAAACACUCUCAUGAGCAUGGUGGACACAUAUAUGGCAGGGUACAGGCAGCUGCAAAGCCGUACAGGCCGCUGGGAAGAAGAAAUCAAGCAGCUGUUGCAAAGAGGAGAAGGCGAGAGAGCGGCAUUGAGUCGGCUGCUAUUCCGAGCCAACCUCGCCAGGAGCACAGCCCAGGAAGCAGUGAGUGCUGGCAACGCCACGUUUUACGAAGUGGAACAGAUUCUGAAGAGCCUCAGAGGGUUUAAUGUGCAAGCAGAUGACAAGAGAAGGGAAGCUGAAGAAGCUAUGAGGAGGCUACCAAUUAUCAGCAACAUGGUCUCAAGUGCCAAGGACAAGACUGACCGAGCUGAAGCAGUCCUAGGCAAUGCUGCUUCCGAAUCAAAGACGGCCAGCAGCAAUGCAGCAGAAGCAAAGGAGAUCACCAGUGGGAUUCAGCAGGCAAUUGCGCAGCUGAAGGUGGAAACCAACAGGACGGCUGAUGGAGUCCUAGCCCUGGAGAAGGCAAUCGCCACCUUGCAGCGUGAGGCCAAAGAAGUGGAUGGUGAAUUUGAAAGGAAGGUUUCAGAGGUUGAAGCAGAUGCCACUGUGAUACAGGAGACAGCUCAAGAGGCUCAGAGCGCCCACGCCAAGGCUGGCCAGGCAGGGGUGGCUGUGCAGGAGACACUGAGCGCCCUGGAAGAGCUGCUGCGUCUGAUGGACCAGCCUGGUGCUGUGGAUGACAAAGACCUGAACCACCUCGAACGGACUCUUGGUAAAGCAAAGACCAAGAGGAACCAGUUGAAGGAACAAAUGUUGGGGCUGGAGCAAACAGCCACACUGCAGAAGCUCCGGGUGCAGACACUGGAGAGGAGCAUUGAGGACAUCCUGGCAGAUAUUAAGAACCUGGAGGAUAUUCAGAAAAAUCUUCCUCCUGGCUGUUACAAUACAAAAGCUAUCGAACUACCUUGAGUGGGCUCUGGAAAGACUGCGGCGCAUGUCAGGCUGAAAACAGGAGAGCCUGGCCCAGUUGCUCUCCUCAAACCUGGCAGGACCAGCCGCAUUUGAUUCUGUUGAAUUUAACCUUACACUUGAGUUCAACAUGACAGCUGAAGUUCCCAUCAUCACACUGGUUCCAGAGAGUCCCCGAUUUUCAAAACUGUCCGUCCCUUGGUUACAGGAGGAAGGAGAUGCCUGGUUGUGUAAAGGUGCUACUGACUGAAGAAUAGCCCAUUCUUACAACAGCUCCUUCAAGGCAUAGAUGGGGGCUGCUUGGUGCCACUCUUGGGAGUUUGCAGGGUCUCUACCCCACCCCUUGUGGAUCCCCUCUCGUAGUCUAGCACAGACGGAGGGACUGGAGUCUCUCUCCUUACUGUCCGUACUUGCGUGACCUGUUCCUCCUCAGAUUCUCCUGCAGGGUCUUCCUUACCUUUUGCAACCCAGCAGGUAGGGAAUGAACAGUGUGAAGCAGGAGUUCAGGUGAGUCUCAAGCCAUGGAGCUGGUGAUAAUUCAUGUAGCUUCCCAGAGGGUCCAGUCCUGUCCUCGGUGCAAGUGGUGCUGGCACAGUUUUUGCUGUGGCUUAGACUAGUCAGUGUCAGAUGCCACUGUGACCCUUUUUGUAAAACUUCAGGUCUUCCACAGAGCUUCUCAGUAAGGUGGUUACUCUUUUUCUAGAGGAAAAAGAUAAUGCUAGUUGGUCUUGAGCUCAGGGUGACGUGCUAGAUGGAGGAAGAAGGAGGAUCUGAUGCGAGCAGGUUGCUGGAGGGAGGGAUGGAGAAUUGCUAAGGUCCCUCAGAUGGGUGGAACAGGAAGGACUUACCAUUUCCUUUACCCUGUAAGAAAGGGCACCUUUUCAUCUUUCUCCUGCGUUUCUUUUUGAACCUGUUGACUGACAGCCCUUGAAGGAUGGCUUGCUUGUCAAAGCUACUUUUUGGCAACAGCAGGUCUGCCUAGCAUCCCCAUAUAUACGUACACACAAACACAACCCUUUCUUCCAAGGUCAGUCAGUUCGGUACCAGGCAGCCUCCUGGAUGCCCCUGAGCCCAUGAAAAACAAGUUCCUCUCUUCCGCACAAGCACCAGAGAUGCAGUGGCACUUGUGACAAGAGCAGGGGCUUUCUUCCAGUGAUUGCAGCCAAAAGUACUGGUGUUUGAGGGUUUGGGCCCAGCCUGGUGGAUUGCCAGCAUCCUAAGUUGAAAAAUGUCCUAAAUAUGUCUCCACUUCCAGUUCGGUGCUGUCUGUUCCUUCCCCUCCCUCAUAGGUGGUGUUGGAUGUUUCACUGAGAAAACUCUAGAGCUAAAGUAACUGUGUGUAGAUCUUUGUUUGGGUUUUUCUGUUGUAAAUCUCUCCUGAUGAGAGCUUGGAGGAGCUAUGACGUUCCCUUCAUCCAUCUUAUGUUUUCUUGUGGGUUCAGCUCCAUUUUGACAGCAUUUCCAGCUUCCUUUUGGCGCCACUUCAUGGAAGAGAGCCUGGGGGUAGCAGAUGCUGACGGAACUCUGCUGAAGAGCCCUGACCUGCCUGGUGAUGAGAGGACUGGACUAAAGGAGGACUCCAAGACUAAAGGAGGAGGACGCUUUGGGGAUGAACUUAUCCGUUGUUAGCUUUGAUUCUCUGACAAAGCGGUGCCAAUGUUUUUGCUUGAUGAGGAUAUACUGAAGAAUUGCAUGUGUCAUACUUUUAUUUAAGUGAUAUAUAGUUUUGCCUCUGGCACGUUUUCUUUCUCCCAUUGCGCAGUGUAGGAUAGGUAUUGUGGAUGUGACUUUGUUUUCCCUUGAGUUGGGUUUUUUCAGGGGGAGGAAGUCAAUAAAUAAUGAAUA